AUGGCAUCAAACACAGUCGUUGGAGUACUAUUUCAAGAAGGAACUUCUGAGGAAAAUCUUCCAAUUCCGCCAAAGAAGGAUAAAGACGGUGAAAUCAUAGCAUCAUCUGUUCCUCUUGAUUUAGAUUAUUACACUAAAGAACAAGCAGUUGUUAUCCAAGUGAAUGCCAAGGCAAAAAAUCUAUUGUACAAUGCUAUAAGCGGAGAAGAAUAUGAAAAGAUAUCUAGCUGUGAAACUGCAAAGAAAAUGUGGGAUAAGUUAGAAGUCGCAUAUAAAGGAACUAACAAAGUGAAAGAGACAAGGAUCAAUCUCCCGGUUCGAGAUUAUGAUCUGUUUCAAAUGAAGGAUGGAGAAUCAGUGGAGGAAAUAUUCUCUAGGUUCAACAAAAUCCUUAGAGACUUGAAAUCCUUUGGUAGACCAAUCAGAAGUGGAGAACAAGAUAGAAAAAUUCUGAGAAGUCUCCCUACAAUUUGGCAACCCAAAGUUAUUGCUUUAGAAUGUCAGGAUAUUGACAAAAUGUACUAUGAUGAACUCGGAGGUGAUCUAAUUGCGUUUGAGAAAACACAUUAA